AUGCUAUUUCGAGUUGGAGACUUCACUCUCGAUGGCUAUCCCGACCUUGUAGCAACGCUUGUUGAAAAGCAGAGCCUUGGUCAGAUCAAGGUCAUUGACAACGUCUUAUGCACAAAUUGCGAUCGUAAUGGUACGAGAAGGUUCGAGAUAAAUAAGAGUAUCUUCAUACAACCGAAAGAAGUAGCGCUAGGAGAAAUCAAAAUGGCUUCCUUUUUUGAUUUGAAGGAGGAUGGCAACCUGGAUAUCCUGAUAGAAUACAAACCCUUCGAAGGAGAAACGAAAUUCAGUUUCAUUCCUUGUGAUGACAAGGGAGAUGUCACGUUUCUUCAAAGUCACGGUUCUGGCGUCAGCUGGGGUGGAGCAUGUGCAAGCUUCAGCAUGUCUGAUGGAUGGGGUGGAUCAUUGAAGAGCUCAGCCUGCCAGAUACCUGCAGGAACGCAUCGUGCCUUGGCACCGCCUUAUGUGUUGUUUGGCCUUGGUCGAAGUCCAAAUUUUGUCGAUGAGCUUACUAUUGGUGCACCACUUUACUCUGAUGCACUAAAUGCUCGCCAACACACGCUGAAGCAGAUAGUGCCGAAUUCAAGAAUUGUUGUUAUACCUCCUGCUGAAGACGGCUCACAAUGGCUUACACGACUCUAUGUCACCCCUUCGCAGCUCAUUCUUCAGAGUCUGGCGGUGAUUGCGCUUGUCUGUGUCAUGCUUCUCAUGGUGGUUGCAUUCUUGCAUUAUCGUGAGAGGAAAGAAGACCGAGUGGAACGGCAACAACAAUCGCAUCGCUUCCAUUUCGACGCUAUGUAA